AUGUCCAGCCUCGAACGCUUUGCAAACAUGGACGCGAUCCCACUCGUCCGCAUGGGUGCGGCGCUCAGCCUCAUCCUGGCGGCCAACCCGGCGUUCUCGUACAACUUUCCCCUGAUGCUCUUCGGGGUAGUCUCGUUCGAGCUCACGAGCACCGCGCCACAACAGUUCUUCCUUACCAUGAUCGUGUUCACAGGGCUGUUCGACUUCUUCAACCUACUUCGGGGAGGAUUCGGAUUCCGGACACUCGUCGCGUUCAUCAUCAUGUGCCUCAAGGUGCCGAUCUACAUGGGCGGCUUGACCAGUCUGCGGAACCGUGGCGGAGAGAUCGCGUGGGGGAGCCAUGGAUUCGCGCCUGCUGCAUGGAUGCCAGCCGGUCUGAGCGGUGGUUUGGCAGGUGGUGGAAGCCAGACGCUCAGCACCGAUAACGCACCUGCUCCCCACGACCCGGCUCCUCCUGGUGCCUUCCAGGGCGGCGGUUACCGUCUUGGCGGCGAGGGCAACGCCCCUCCUCCGCGUACUACUCGCGGCGGCUACACAUCUAUCGCAUAG